AUGCUCCUCAGCCUGCUCGUAUGUGCUACAUUUGUGAUACCAACACUUUGUGCGAGCGCACAAAACUGGCAGAAAAGGUCAAUCUAUCAGCUGGUCACUGACAGAUUCGCCACGACCGACGGGUCGGCUCCGUCAUGCGACACCAGCGAGCGAAGGUAUUGCAACGGCACUUGGAAGGGUAUAAUCAACAAGCUCGACUACAUCCAGAGAAUGGGCUUCGACGCCGUAUGGAUCUCGCCCAUCGUCGCGAACCUUGAGGGCCCGACGGGCGACGGGGAGGCGUACCACGGGUAUUGGACGGUCGACCACAAUACGCUCAACGCGCACUUCGGGUCUGAGUCGGAUCUCAAGCAGCUCAGUACAGCGCUGCACGCGCGGGGGAUGUACCUCAUGAUUGACGUCGUCGUUAAUCACAUGGCCGCGUCGUCUAUCCCGCCCAACUAUACCGCGUUCGAGCCAUUCGACCAGCAGUCCGACUUCCAUCCGUUUUGUUGGAUUACGGACUACAGCAACCAAACGAAUGUUGAACAGUGCUGGCUGGGCGAUCAGAAUGUGCCGCUUGCAGACAUGGAUACGGAGGAUGAGGAUAUCGUGAACUUCUUCUACUCGUGGAUCCAGACGCUCGUGAACAGCUAUGGCGCCGAUGGGGUGCGGAUAGACACUGUGAAGCAUGUGCGGAAGGACUUCUGGCCCGAUUUCGCGCAGGCGUCGGGUGUCUUCUCUCUAGGCGAGGUCCUCGAUGGAGAUAUCCAGUAUGUGAGCCAGUAUACUCAAGUCCUCGACAGCAUCUUGGACUACCCAGCAUUCUACCCUCUCAUACGGGCAUUCACAAACACCACCGGCGACCUAUCACAGCUUGCGAGCACAGUGGAAGCUGAACAGAGCGCCUACAAACACGGUGUCUUCAUGACUGGCGCAUUCCUAGAGAAUGCAGACAAUCCACGGUUCCAGUCUUUUCAGACAGAUCAAGCGCUUGUUAUGAAUGCUAUGACUUGGCCGUUUGUUGGAGACGGUAUUCCAAUCCUCUACUACGGUCAGGAACAAGGCUAUACUGGCGGCAAUGACCCAGCCAACCGUGAAGCGUUGUGGCUUUCGGGAUACGAAGAGAACAAACCACUUGUUGUCCAUGUGCGCACAUUGAAUGCUGCACGCAAAGCCGCCAUCAAGGCGAACGGCCAGUUUAUCGACACCACCCUCAAGUUCCUCUCCGCAACCAAGUCCUCGCUCGCGAUCUCGAAGUCUCCGAUGCUCACUCUGCUCUCGAACGGAGGGAGCACAUCCACCCCGUCCUGGAAUGUACCGGACGCGGGGUACGCGCCGAAUGAGGAGCUGAUCGACGUCGUCUCGUGCAUGGUGAUCAACGCGAACAAAGAAGGAGGCGUGAGCGUACAAGGCUCAAAAGGGAUGCCACAGGUCAUCCUGCCAGUGUCAAUAUUCAGCAAGAGCUUUUGCACCACACUGAAAGGUGAUGCGAGUACCAGUCUUAGCUCCGCGCAGGGGGCUAGCUCCGCUGCAGGGCCGUUGAGGAAGAGAACACCGAGUUGGCAGCUGCUGGUCACGCUGCUAGCUGCGUUAUUGUUGUAG